AUGGUGGAUAUCCAGGAGCAGGAUCAGUGGAUCAGCUACCUCAGUGAGUGUAAGCAGCUGAGCGAAAAUGAUAUCAAGCGCCUGUGCGAAAAGGCGCGCGAUGUCCUGCUGGAGGAGUCGAAUGUGCAGCCCGUGCAGUGUCCCGUCACCGUGUGUGGCGAUAUCCACGGCCAGUUCCAUGAUUUGUCUGAGCUCUUCCGUAUUGGAGGCAACUCCCCGGAUACCAACUACCUGUUCAUGGGCGACUAUGUAGAUCGCGGCUACUACUCGGUCGAGACGGUGACGCUGCUCGUGGCCCUCAAGGUUCGUCACCCUGACCGUGUCACCAUCCUCCGUGGCAACCACGAAUCGCGCCAGAUCACGCAGGUGUACGGCUUCUACGACGAGUGCCUGCGGAAGUACGGCAAUGCGAACGUGUGGAAGUACUUUACCGAUCUGUUUGACUACCUCCCCCUGACGGCGCUGAUCAACGACCAAAUCUUUUGCCUGCACGGCGGCCUGUCGCCUUCGAUCGAUACGCUCGACCAGAUCCGCCAGAUCGACCGCGUGCAGGAAGUGCCGCACGAGGGACCGAUGUGCGAUCUGCUCUGGUCGGACCCCGACGACCGCUGCGGCUGGGGCAUCUCGCCCCGUGGCGCGGGCUACACGUUCGGGCAGGACAUUAGCGAGGCCUUCAACCACAACAACGGCCUCACGCUCGUUGCGCGUGCGCACCAGCUCGUGAUGGACGGCUUCAACUGGUCGCAGGAGCGCAAUGUCGUCACCGUGUUCUCCGCGCCCAACUACUGCUACCGCUGUGGCAACCAAGCUGCGAUCAUGGAGAUCGACGAAAACCUCAAGUACACCUUUCUGCAAUUCGAUCCCGCGCCGCGUACGGGUGAGCCGCUCGUCUCGCGCCGCGUCCCCGACUACUUCUUGUAA